AUGGGGGUUAAGAAUGAUUUUCUCGAUGGACCCUCCGAAAAUUGGAUUACGAAGCCAAUAGGCCGGCGACUUAUGCAAGUGACAAAUUUUCAACCCCAAAUGCCUCCAAUUCACUGCAUCAUAAAUGCCACAACAAAAGCCAGCACAGAAGAACAUAAGGUCACCACAGAAACAUUCAGAGAAGAACCCGCUCCAGUCUCCAUUUGCGAUGUGGGUGCUAUCGCCGAUUCCUGUGCCACAGUUUUGGUCACAUGGUGGGAAAUCACUUUCUGGCCAGCUGAAGUGCAUGACUUGACAUGGCAACGGUGCAAAGAAGCUGAUAUGAAGGUCACUUGCGCCGUCCUCAUCGUCGCCGCCUCCAUGAGCGCCGCGGUGGCUGCCACCGAGGUUUCUGCUCCGGCCCCCGGCCCUGACAGUGGAGCCACCAUGCCCCUUGUUGGCUCCUUGGUUGGUGCCUCAGUUUUGUCUUUCUUUGCCUUGUUCCACUAA